AUGGCCGACAGUGGAUCAGCGCAGCCGAUAGUGUGGAGUGAAGUCCACAACGGCCGGUCGGACUCAAGCUGGCUUAACGCCCUAGUGGAAGCUGCAGCCCAAAUUAGCCUAGACGACAGUGGCAGCUCUGGCACCAAUCCACACGACGGCACUGGCUCUCACGACAUUCCCAUGGAUCAAGCUGUCUCUCCCAACGUCGAUAUCGCCCCUUACAGCAGAAACGAAAGGCGGGUCGCCAGGGUGUUGAUGGACAUGGGGGAGGGGAUCCCGACAGACCUUUGGGCUUGGUCUCCCAGCCCUCCCCCGCACAUUACCACGUUUAACGUUGCUUCGCCGGUGCCCCAAGCCAGCGCCGCCGUUGCCGCCGCCGUUCCGGCCGCCGAUGUCCCCGUCGUCAUCAGGUUCCCCCUGGCUCGCACAUAUACGGAUGGCACUGUCAACUCGGAUUUCGUCAUGUCGCAAAUUGUUAUCGAGUACCGUCCCCCCAUGGCCGGCAACAGGGUCCCCAGCCCAAACCCCGCUGGUACCCGCCAGCACAUCCCCGGUUACCUGAUCGGCCACUGUCACAUCGGCAUGCCACAGAGCACGCUCCAGUGGAUCCUGGACGGUGUGUUGACUCAGAUCGACAUUGAAAACGGCGAAACCAUCACCGUCAACCGUGUGGGAUCCGGCCCGGACCGUGAUGGUACACCAGAGACAAGUCAGGUUGCGCGUCUUACCGACUUCUUGCGCAUAGCCCAGUGUAGUGUCAAGGGCAAGGCUCAUUUGACCAUGUGCCUCAGGCGAAAGCUGGCCCCUACCAGUAGUGCCCCGCGGUAUCUAGCACCGACCCUGUUCGCACACCGUCUCGUCGGUUUCCGCUUUGACGAGUUCACAUCUCAACACUCGCAAAUGCUGUGA